CUGGACAGUUCCGAAUGAUGGCAAGUCAUAUCGAUAUAGAUCUUGCGAUAUCUAUGACGAUGUGGAAAGCCGCAUCAUGACUUCACCCGGUCUGCGAAAAAAAACCCGUUGAACCCAACUAUGAAGUCCAUCGUCUAAACUUAAAGUAUGGAAUAUGGGAUUCCCGCUCUCACUCUGCACCAGUGUGACUCCGGCACUUGACCCGCGUACGAACAGUGCAGUACUUUGCCCCACGUAUCCUCGAGAUUCCCCCAUGAAUAAAGAAAGACACAAGGAGUGGGGACGAUGGGGGAAGUGGGGCAUAUAAAGGCAUCAUACGGAGCCUGCCCCCCGACAUCCCCAGAAAAACAUCCACCAACCCACUUUUUGUCUUCUCAGCCGUAUAAAAAUCUAAAGAUGGCCACCACCGAUAAAAUCACCGUUCUCCUCAAUUGGGCCGCCAACGCGUACCACAUCCCUCUCUACCUCGCCCAGAAGAAGGGAUACUUUGCCGACGAGGGCAUCAAGGUGGCUCUGCUGGAGCCUAGUGAUCCCAGCGAUGUUACCGAAAUCAUCGGCAGCGGAAAGAUCGAUAUGGGGUGCAAGGCGAUGAUCCAUACCAUUGCGGCUAAGGCUCGCGGGUUUAACGUUACUUCCAUCGGCACGCUUUUGGAUGAACCUUUCACAGGCGUCAUCUACCUCAAGUCUCGCGGAGGAGUGACCGAGGAUUUCAAGUCCCUGAAGGGCAAACGUAUCGGCUACGUUGGCGAAUUUGGCAAGAUCAUCAUCGACGAAUUGACCUCCCACCACGGCAUGGCCCCCGCGGAUUACACCGCUGUGAGAGUCGGCAUGAACGUAGCGGACGCCAUCAAGCGCGGGGUGAUUGACGCGGGGGUCGGGUUGGAAAACAUUCAGAUGGUCGAAUUGGAGGAAUGGAGCGUUGCGCAGGGCAGGUCCAAGGACGAUGUCGCCAUGUUGAGGAUCGAUGAGCUGGCCGAGCUUGGCUGUUGCUGCUUCUGCUCGGUGCUGUACAUCGCCAACGACACCUUCCUGCAAAACAACGGCCCCCAAGUCAGCGCCUUCAUGCGCGCCGUGAAGCGUGCCACCGACGACGUCCGUCUGCGCCCGGAAGAGUCGUGGGCUGAGUACAUCACCAUGAAGCCCAAUUUGGGCGACGAGGUCAACAAGAAGAUGUUUGACCGCUCGCUCGUGUACUUUUCCGCCAGCUUGAAGAACGUCCAACGCGACUGGAACAAAGUAACCAACUACAGCAAACGUCUCGGCGUCGUCGACGCAUCCUUCAAGCAGAACAUGACCAACGAGUACAUUCCGGCCUCCGCCGAGCUUCUACAGGCUACCAAGGAGGAGGCUCGCAUCGAUGCUGCUAAUGCGGCUGCGGAGGCGUGCAUGAGCUGUGAGGGUGCUAAGCAGCCGCGUGUGGAGGUUGUGUCGCGUUAGAGUGGGACUGGAAGUAGGAGGGGAAAAUACGGCGUAGCGAGAAUGAUGAGCGUUUGAGAGAGAAGAAAUGAGGAAGGCACCGAAGGCCGUUGCCAUGUAUACCCCAUUUUUUCCCAUACCCCUCGCAAUUGGCAGUUUACCCUAAAUGAAAGCAUUACAUCGAAGUAGGUAUACAGUGUGCCAUUGCACACGAAGGCUUUCAUCCGUACAGAUAUGUGAAUAUGGAGUUAGGUAAAAUCCAGAAGUCCUUCAGGACCAAGUCGCGGG